AUGGGCGGCCGAGGAUCGAAGAGCAGCGUCCAACCACUGUCUAGCGCCGAUGAGGCAGAUCUGCCAUCUUCGCCGAACUCGAGCCCUCGCAAGUCCAUCUUUGGCUUGGAGACUCUGGAUGCCACCAAGGUGCUGACCACCCGGAAGACGCGCCAGAUGCCACCGCAGACGGAAGACAUGCGUCAACUGGUGAGAAGCAACGAGAACGGCAUCUGGGACAUCGAAGACAAUCAAGGCAACCGAAAGCCACUCCCGACAGCGGCCGUCGCUUGGUUCAAAAACCGGAACCUCGAAGCCUUGCAUGGCUCCCUAGCCUUCGUCCCCUGGAUCGUGCAGCAGGCCUAUCUGCAGGGAGAAGUGCACGACGGCAACAUCGUCCUCCACCGAGGCUCAGGUGCCGUUGUUUUCUCGGAUGCCAGCGGCUUCACGGCGCUCACAGAGCGGCUUGCGAAGAAGACCAACGGGGCCGAGCUGCUUUCGCAAUGUCUGACAUCCUUCUUCACGCCCCUGAUCCAGUUGAUCAAUGCUUAUAGAGGUGACGUCAUCAAGUUCAGCGGGGAUGCGCUGAUGAUUUAUUUCCCUGCUGUGGAUGACACAGAGGUUGGAGAUCAGAGCAAGUUCAAGGUUCCCCCACACGGCUCAUAUCACCAACCGGACAUCGGUCCCAUGGCGACUGCGGUGCUCAGAGCCUCUGCUUGCUGCAUCGAGAUCCAGAAACGCCUGCACAUGUUCGACACCGGCGUUGACGGUGUCCGCCUGUGUCUGCACAUCGGCCUGGGAUGUGGCGAGAUCGCCAUUCUGCAAGUGGGUGGCGUGGAGCCCCCUGAGAUUGGCAUCCCCCGGUGCGAGUACAUCAUCGCAGGUGCCCCGCUAGAGCAGAUCUCCAUCGCAGAGCCCUUGGCCAAGAACGGGGAGACCUGCCUCAGCCCACAGGCUUGGGAGCACGUGCAAAAUUAUGUAAUUCCGGAUAGGAGACGGCAGCUUGACAACGAGAAUUUCCACCUGCUUCUGAAGCUAGACGAGUCAAAGUUCACCUUUCCCACCGUCAAGGCCUCAGCGCAGGAGCGAGACACCAGGAAAGACUUGCAGUUCACCAUCGCAGAGCUGGACAUCAUUCGCAAGUUUGUGCCCUCGGCCGUCUUCAAGCAGAUCGAAGACGGCACUCUGACAUAUGUGAACGAGAUGCGAAACAUCUCCACCCUCUUCAUCUCCUGCUCUGGCGUGGAUGUCUCCACUGAUGAAGGGGCAGACACCGCUCAGGAGCUCAUGGUGUCCGUGCAGCGAAUCUGCUAUGCCAACGAGGGGACGCUGAACAAGUUCCUUAUCGAUGACAAGGGCAUGCUUUUCCUGCUGGCUUAUGGCCUGCCGCCCUUGGUUCAUACCGAUGAUGCCACAAGGGCGGUGCUGUCAUGCUUCGACAUUGUACGGGCCUUCAUCAAGUUGGGCCUGGUCGCUCGUUGUGGCGUCUCCACAGGGCGAGCCUACUGUGGCGUGUGUGGCAGCGCGGAGCGCAUGGAGUACACUGUCUUGGGUGAUGCAGUCAACUUGGCCGCACGGCUCAUGGCCAAUGCCCCAGCGAACGGCAUCCUCGUCGAUGAAGAAACAAGGACGCGUUGCACGGUGGAGCUCGAUUUCCAAGACCUGAAGCCGAUCAAGGUCAAAGGGAAGGAGCAGGCCGUGAAGAUCUUCAAGCCGCAGCUGGCCAUCUGCAAUCCUCACAUAGGCGUUGGGCCAGGUGGCAAGAUCCUCUUCCCCUGGUACGAGCGCAGCUUGACGGCUGGUGCGCAGGGCGACAAGGAGGCUUUGGCUGAGGUUCUGCAAACGAACGUCGUGAAGCUCUGCGGGCUGCCAGACUGGGACGGCGUGUGCAAGGUACAGAGUUGGCUUGGUGGCUCCUAUGACAAGGAGCUCCAUCAAGAGCCACCGAAGGCACCACCUAGCAAGCCCAGCAGGCUGGAAAACCCACCAAGCAACAGCCCGUUUUCUGGUGGCGGCUCCGUGGUGCUCCUGGGCCCCGCAGGUGUGGGAAAGAUUGAGCUCGCGCAGCAUGCCGUGGUGUAUGCGGCGCAGAAAUACUUUAUGAUGCCGGUCAUUGGCACCAUGGGCCCCCGUACACAAGACCUGGCCCGCAUGGGCGCCGAGCUUGUGCGGAGUUGCCUGGGGGCGUAUCGCCAUGCAGUUCAACCAACACUUCCGGAUGACGAAGGCCAGGCCUUAAGCCAGCUGCUUCCUCACCUGGAGUCGGUCGAGAAGCUGCCCGACCUCCUCCGAGAUGCUUAUGACGGCAGUGUACAGGAAGAUACCCGCGUGUCUGCGCUGCAUGAACUCGCAGACGUGGCAAUAUCACUUAUCGAACGGCUGCGGAGCCACGUUGCUGUCAUCAUUGUAUGCCAGCUGGAGUUCGGCACCACGCUCUUCGAGAAGACCUUGGGCCACUUCAACUGCUUCUAUGAGGUGGUGUCCAAGCUCAUGAAGGUGGUGGAAGAGAGGGCGGGCAACCCGGUGACUCUCUUCACAAUGUGCAAGAACCCGGACAUGAGUCACGAGUUUGUGAAGGCCUCGGCAUCCCGUGGGUGGUUUGUGGAGCUCGCUGGCCUGUCGGAGACAAUCUGCCAGGAGUACAUGGCGGCCCAUCUGGAGGUGCCCAUGUCGUCCAUACCGGACAGCGUGACCAACUUUGUGUCCAAGAUUUCCUUGGGAAAUCCCUUGUACAUUCGUGAGUCUUUGGGUCAACUGAUUCUGGACGGACACCUCAAGGUGGAGAGGGAGGCAGACGAAUCGGAGCCCUUGGUGUACCAAAAUACCGAGGAUCUGGAGACCGUUGACAUUGUGACAUGGUCACACACCGCGAUGGUGGGAGAGACCAUGUGUCUCCUAGAGUCCCUUGACCCCCUGGAGGCGGCUGUGGUAAAGAUGAGCACCGUCUUCUCCAGCAGCUUCUCGCUGUCCGACCUUGCCUCGAGCACUUGCUCCAGGUGGUCUGGCUCCAACUUUUUCGACUACAUGCGGCUCUUCCAUGCAGUACAGGAGCUGGAAAAGCGUGGCAUCCUGGAGAAGAUUGCAGUGACGCGGAAGGUGGAAACGACGCUGUUGGUCAGGAGCCACUCCAUGCUCACGGGGCGUCGGGGGAGCAAGCAGGAAGGGAAGCCCAGCAACCGGAAGUCCCUCAAGGACAACAAGGAUGGCAAUGCAGCCCGGGAGUUACAAAUGUUCGCCAUGAACAAUGUGCUGAUCCGCAAAGUCGGAAGCUCCAUGCUCCUGGAGGCGCAGAAGAAGAAAGUCAAGAGGCAGGCGUUGAUCGAGCGGGCUCUGACUCGAGAUCUUCCAGCUCGCAUCGAAGAACUCCAGAAGAAAAAGAAGGAGAAGACCUUCGGGGAUGGCACGGCAGACAGAGCGAGAGAGGCGAGCAACGGAGACCGGGAGGAGAAGGGAGUUGUUUCACAGAGGCACGUGAGAGUCGACCACCCGGAGGUCGGGGGUUCGGGCGGUUGCCCGCACCCCUGCGCUCUGGAAAGCCGGAGGUCAAAGAAGUUGAAGCACAGUUCUAGCAACGGAGGCUUCGCGGGAAUGCAGAAAGCUGUGCUCCCUGAUCAGGAACUCCUACGUUUUGCUUUGCCAGCGUUGGGGAUCAGCCUCUUGGCUCGAGGGUCUCUCCGGGCCGAUAUUGAGUGCUGCCCUCGGUGCUAUUCCGAUCCGCUGAUGCAGCCCCCAAGCUCCCCACUUGACCAGCCCAAGGGCUCCAUGUACUGGAGCCUCCAAGUUUUCCCGGCUCUCUCGUUAAAGCAACUCCCUGACGACCCCAAAGGCAACAUCGACAACGCCUUUGUGGGAAGACUUACGGGGCCAGAAGGCUUGGCUGCCCUCAGCCCGGGCACCGUGGUGGCGGACUACAUGCUGUAUUUGCUGGUCUUUCUGCCUCGAGCGACAGUGGGACUGGUCUCGCGGGCCUUCGCAAGCGGCGGUGCAAAGGCUGCCCAGCCAGAGCUGCAACGGGCACUUAGUGUCGCCAUGCCGGUUGGCAUCGCCCUCUCUGUCGUCUACAUGACGAGCACGGAGGCAAUCCUCAAGAUGCUAAAUGUCUCCCCCAACCUCAUCCCCUAUGCCGCGACCUACGCCCGCGUGCGAGGCGCAGUGACGUGGGCCGCUUUGAGUCAGACCGUUUGCUUAUCUGCACUCCUGGCAACCAAAGAUGCGUGGACGCCUUUGAAGGUCGUCGGAGUAGCCGCUGUUGCCAACUGCUGCGGGGAUUUUGCCCUCUGUGUAUGGCCCUUCCGCUUGGGAGUCGGAGGUGCCGCCGCCGCCACGUCCAUCGCAACAUUGUUAAGCUUUGCACUGAUGGUGCGCGCGCUGAGAGCGAAGGAGUUGCUGCCCAAGAAGUGGCUCCGGCUGCCAACCUCAGCAAGCUACCUUGGGCCUUUGAUGGAGUACGCAGGGCCCUUGCUGAUCGUCGUUGCCACGCGGAUGGUAAGUCUUUCGGCCAUGGCACUAUCGGCGGCUGCGCUGGGAACCACCGCGCUGGCGGGAUAUCAGAUCCUCAUCAACCUCUUCACGCUCUUCGCCUUAGUUGGGGAGCCCUUGAGUCAAGCAGCGCAGGCCUUGCUCCCGCCGCUUUUGGAGAGCAAGGACAUGGCCGGAGCCAGGAGGGCGACAAAGAGCCUGUUGAUCCUGGGCCUUGCCGCCGGUGCCGUGUCUGGCCUUGGGGCCUUCGCCUGCGCUGCACUGGGCGGUGGCACCUUCUCGGGUGACAGUGCCGUCAUUGAUGUCGUCCAGCACAGCGCGCCGACGCUGAUGUUGGCGGUGGCAAGUCUUGUCUUCGCCUACCCAGUGGAUGGCGCAAUGCUGGCGACAAAGAACUUUCGGGUGCUCAUCGCCUUGUCUAUCUUUGGACUCGUGGCACAGCUUCCAGCAUUGCAGCUGAUCACACGAUCCUUCGCGGGCACCAAGCAGCCAGCACUGCCCCUGCGGCUGCUGAUGACGACGAUGGUUGCACGCCUCGUAACGUUGUCGCUCUGCUCUCUGGCACGUGUCCUGAAUGAUUUGAAAGUCAAGCCCGCGACGGAGGGCGAGGACUGCCGCUGA